AUGGCCGGCGACAUGAAAGGUUUUCUAAAGGCCUUAACCUGUGCUUUGAUUGACUCAUGUUCCGAGCGACCACCAUCGACAGAGAAAGAAGAAGAUGAGACCUUUUGGGAAGACAAAGAUGUGAUCGAGGUUAAACCAACGGCAGUAAGAGAAGCCGUACCACAAGAAGGCAUGGUCCCGGGUUUUGAAGAUGACUACGUGGAUGUUAACACGGAUGAUAGUAUGGAUGACGAAGAAGAUCUCCGUAUGAUUGAUGAGUACCACGUAGAAGAGGAAGAGGACCCGGAAGAGGAAGAAGACCCGGAAGAGGAUAUUAGCACUAGACAGAUGUGUGAUAUCAACAUGCCCCCGAGACGUAGACGUGGUCCGCGUGUGGAGAACAAUGUGGGGGAGCAGACGGAAGGAAGUGUCGGCAAUCCACCCCCGCCUCCACCACCACCUCUACCCCAACCAAACGAAAGGGAGUACAUCAAAGCCUUUCGGAAAGAGAACCCACCUAAGUUUGAUGGAUUGGGAGAGCCCCCGAAGGCGGAGGCAUGGGACCCGCUGACUUUUGGUGGGAAACAAAGAAGAGAACCAUGGACCCCCGCUCGCCGUGAGGCGCUUACUUGGGAGGAUUUUAAGGAAGAGGUGUACAACAAGUAUGUUCCGGAAAGUUAUCGGCGGGCGAAGGUAGUGGAGUUCCACACGUUGAAGCAAGGAAGUAUGACGGUCACAGAGUACGACCGCGCCCUAUGUGAGAUGACUCGCUAUGCGCCAGAAUUGGUGGAUACAGACGAGAAGAUGGCCGCGAAGUUCCGUUCUGGCCUUAGGACAGAGAUAAGGGUCGCAGUGGCUAGUCGGAGGGGAAUUCCUUAUUCCGAGGUGCUGGGCUGUGCCUUAGAUGUGGAGGAAGCACUGCCCAAGAAUGAGAGGACAACAAACCCUACCCCAUCUGCACCCCAAGCGAACUUUAGAGAAAAGAGGAAAUGGGAGGGAAACCGAGUUUCUUUUGACAAUAAGAGGCGUUUCUCCACUUUUCGGCAACCACAGAAUCAUGGGCGCCAAAUUGUGCCACAACAGAGGGGAAACCCACAGAGAACACCCUACUGUAAUCGGUGCUCCAAGCAUCAUGUUGGGGAGUGCCGAGUUGGAGGCAUUCGGUGUUAUGCCUGCGGUGGAAACGGGCACAUGUCUCGAGAAUGCCCAAACAAUAACAAAAGUGGAGUGAAGAAUGGGCAAGGACAGAGACCACCACAGCAGCCUCAACCAAUCCGACAAGUGGCCCCACAGCAAGCAAGGGCAUAUGCACUCAAGGGGAAUCAAGGGAAGGAACCCCAAGCCAUCAAGGACAAGGAAAAUUUGGCAGGUGUACUAAAAGGCUGAGAUUUGCUAUGGAUAUUCUUGACAAUGGCUGGUGGAAAAGAGGGAGGGUACAAGCUGGUCUAACACAGCCUUUCUGGGCCCCUGCAGCUGCUGGGGAAGGGUGCCGGCUGGGCUUGCUCCCUUUAGCCCAAGCACUUCCUCAUCUCUGGAAAGGAGUUGCGGCUGGCCAACGAGGCUGUCUCCCCUCGUGGUCUCGCCCUCCCGGCUCGCUUGAAUAUCUGGGGCCGAGACGGCCCUUGACGAAGGCCGAAGUAGCCCUUAGGGAUUUCUAAAUGUAAAAGUGUAGCUCGACUUUUAUUUUCGUCGUCAAAGAUUGUAACUUUAGUUUGAGAUUCUGAAAACUGUAAUUUGUACCCUUUCUCAAGAAAUGAAAAUACUAUUUCAUUCGUUAAA